CGGCCCCGCCCCAACUGCACUCCACCCCAUCCUUAUCCCACCACCGCCACCACCACAUCCACCACCACUCCCCAUGGCCCCCCACCCUCCCCUAAAAAAAAUAAAGAAACUUUGGCCCUGACCCUAGAGAAACUCCCAUCUCGAUCCCUCGACCUUAAACCAUGACCGCCGGCGGUGCAACGGAGCGCCACACCGGCCCGCCGCUGGCACCGGCAGUGAGGAAGCCCGCCCCCGGCCAGCCUUGGUCCCACCUGGAGACGGUCCACCUCAUCGAGGCCUACGAGGAGAAGUGGUACUCCCUGAAGCGCGGGCAGCUCAAGGCUCAGCAGUGGGAGGAGGUCGCCGCCGCUGUCGCCGCCCGCUGUGGCUUCGACGGGCUCUCCAAGAACGGAACCCAGUGUCGCCACAAGAUCGAGAAGCUCCGCAAGCGCUACCGCACCGAGCGCCUCCGCCCCAACGCCUCCGCCUGGCCCUACUUCGAACGCAUGGACCGUAUGGAGCGCGGGCCCCUCCCCAUCUCCGUCCGCCCCCCGCCCUCGACCGCCGCAGCCACCGCUGCUGGCGACCCCUCUAGCGAAGAGGAGGAGGAGGAGGAGGAGGAGGAGGAGGAAGAGGAGGAGGAGCAGACUGCGAGCAACACCAGGAGCAUCCACGGCAUCCUCCGGGAGGGCUUCUGGGGGUUUUCUAGGGUUUCGAGGAACCCAAGGUCCAGAAAAAGGCGAACUUUUGAGGAGGAGGAGGAGGACGACGACGACGACGACAAGGAGGAGGAAGAGGAGGGGGUGGGAGGGCGAGGAGAGGCGCUGUCGCAGCUGGCGGCGGUCGUGAGGAGGUUUGGGGAAGGGCUGGUGAGGAUGGAGAAGAGGAGGAUGGGGAUGCUGAGGGAGGUGGAGAGGGAUUGGAUGGAGAUGGAGGCGAAGAGGGCCGAGAUGGUGAUGGAGUCGCAGCGAUGCCUCGUGGACGCCAUUGCUGACGCUUUCUCUUCCCUAAAGAAGGCCAAGAAUUCCCAGGAUUUAUGAAAAUCCCAGGCAUCCAAACCAGUCAACUUCCAUCCAAAAGAUCCAUAACUUGUUUUGAGAUACAGGGAUGCUAGCUUGAAGAUAAAGGGGGGAAAGAAAAGAAAACAUAAGAAGAAUUUGAGGUAGUCAAAAGGAAUAAAGGAUAGAUGCCUUACUUUUUGGGUACUCUAUGGUUAGAUAUGUUUUGUCCUUCCAUUGGUUGGUUCAACAAUGUCUUUUAUAGUGACUUAUUAAACAUAUAAUCGACCUUGCAAAUUAGCUGUUCGGAUCUGGAUAUUUGAUAAACAUGAUUUAUAUCAAGGAGAAGUUCUUCUGCUCAUGGCCAGUAAUCAGAUGUUGGAUGUUCCAAUCAUAGCAAAGCCUGAAAUUCCUUGAUACACUAAGUCUUGCCUCUGUAACCAAAACAAUCUAACAUUUCCAUGCAGGUAUAAAGAUUUCCAAAAAGAGUAUACUCUAGUUUUUCAUUACGAAAGCAGGUGUACAUAGCAUGACAUAGUUUUCUCAGUUUACAACAUUAUAUUUGUUAAUUGAUGGAUGAAUUAAAAUUGUAAUAUAUCAAUCUUUUAAAAUUUUCCAACUCACACAUCUUAGUUGAGUAUUCUUUUGCAAUUAAAUUGUAAAUUAUUGGCAAAUUUAAAGCAAAUGCAUUUUGAUAGAACAUAAAACUACUUAACUUAGAAGUAUACUAACUUUAUUGUGUAUCAUAUAUUUCGAUCUAUUUCGUGUGAUUCCGAUAUAUCUCCUUGUAGUUUUUGGAGAGAUCAGUUUUUGUUAGAUUUACCAGAGUAGCAUAUUGAUGGAGGAUAUUUACUUUGUCUUGGUUGAUUCUUUGAAAUAGCUACUGAGUCUUUAGGAACUGCAAGCUAGACUUAGAUACAAAUCAUUCAACAGAUGACUGGGGUGCUCAUAAGGAGGCUACAUCCGAUGGAGUUUGUGGUCCUUCCUGUGAUUCGUCAUUUUUCACUCAGUGUGUUUUGUCAUAGUUUGAAAUCAGAAUACCUACCAUUUUCCUAUCCACAGAAUUGACCCUGCUUAAGCCGAGUAUGUAGGCCAAAUUCAUAGGAAAUUCUUCUCCAUCCUUUUGGGGAGCCUCGCUAACUAGAGUUGUUCUUUAUGAUGGGAAAUGACUGCUUUGGGUGGUGCUGUUGUUGUAGUUAACUACAACAAGCUUAAGACGCAGACAAUUUGUGUCAGUUGUCACGUGAGAAACUUGUUGUUAGAUAUUGUCUAAAAGAUGGAAGAAUUAUGGCCAAGUAGCAACGGAAUAGAGAAAUAAUUAUUGUAAGUUCUAAAACAGCCCAAUUAGGUGGUGCUAGUAGCCCUAACUGUUGUUCGACAGAAAGAGACACAAUUAGAUGGUUUCUGAUUUACUUCUACAAUCUUUUGUUAUUUUUCUAUGUUCUUCAUAUUUCAUCAGGGUGAUAUUAGAGUGGAUAUGACCACUAUUAUGUCAACAUUUAACGAGAAACGAAUGCAAAAUAAUCACUUUUGCCCCAUGGAUGGUGUAGGGGAAAAUAUGUCAGCUAUUAGAAGAGAGAAAUCUGAAAUAUUUUAGAAUUACUAUUAGGGUGAAUUGAAAAACUUAGUUUGUCUAAAAAAAUCUAGCUCUGCCUUCACAUCUAGGAUCUUUUUGUGAUGAAUCUAGCAAAUUCUUAUCCCAUCCAAACCCAUGAGAUUUUUUCCUAGAGAGCAAUGAACUUAUAAUAGGAAUAUAAGUAGAAGGUGGAAUAUUUUAGAUUUCAACGGACAGCUUUAAGUUAAAGAACUUUUUGGGUUCAUAGGUUGUUGGAACACAUGGAGGUUCCAAAAUAAAGGGAAGUCAAACUAUUGCUGUAAAACUAAGGGCUCUGCUUUCUGCAUCUGCAACAAGUUUAAAGAUGUUGAAAUAUUAGUAAAGGUAAUUGCUAUUUGGUGAGUAUGUUACAGUCCUUUCUAUCACUUGUAUAUCAAUUUAGAACUGAGAUCUAAUUUGCUUAUUCAGUUUUUCUGACUUUCUUUAGUAUCAAAUUAGUUAAAAGUUGUGAUAAUAUUUGAAAUGUAAUAUGAAAUGUUUGAUGAAUUGAACCAUGAUGUGGAACCUAUUAAAUUUCAUAUUUUCUUGUUUUCCACUAAUUAUCUUUGAUAUUCUACAAAAAAAAAGGAAAUUAUUUUUGAUAGAGGAGAAAUUGUGGAUGAUAAAGCCAUGAAUCAUGUUUCUGUUGAAUUAAUCUUAAGGGUUCUUGGCAGAGUAUGGUGAAUAUUUGAAUGCUUGUAAUUAUUAAAUGCAGAAAGAGUUUGGAAUGCUGAGCCUCAGGGAGAAGUAAUCUCAUUAUAAGCAUGCUGAUGCAUGAUAACUUUGAAGUUUGAUCUUUGAAGUAUUUGAAUGUUAAGCAGAUACAAUUAAGAUUUAAACUUGCAGGUGAUAUAGACAAUUUAGCAUCAUCUGUACGUCGUGUGAAAAAAAUAAGAGAAGAUGAUCUCCAUAACCAAGAAAAUAAGUGCAACAGCAUCCAAGUUAUCAAGCAUUUAUUGUCAAGGUACAGGAUUCAAGUAUAGACAUGUUGGAGUAGUUCAGUGAGGACUGUUUGUGAAAUCUUUUUCUUUUAUUUCUGAGGGACUAAUCCAGAUUAUAUCAUGAAAAGGUACCAAUGGAGGACUAACAACAGUUGGUUAACAGUUCAGGUCUAUUCGAUGAAUUAAGGUUACUCUAGCAUUAUUUUGAUUAGUGUUGAGUUAAAUUCCUUCUAGGAUCAAAUUAGAGUUAUACAAACUAGAUUUUUUUGUCUUUGUUUUUCCUUUUUUAAAAUUUGAUAAUAGAUAUGUUUGGCUGAUCAGCCCUGUAUCUACCUUUUAAGGAACUUUUGUAAUAAUCUUUUGGGAUUAUGUUGGCUGGCUGCUUAGGGGAUAAAUCAUAGUUGAACUAAGAUUUGUCUGGAAAAAACUGUGAAAAAUAUGGCCAAAUGAUUGAAGGGCUGACUGAGUCUUUUUAGUCAACCACUGGGAGUCCUUAAUGGACGCAUUAGGUGGGGCCAACAGCUCUAUGGAUUGUUCAAUUUGAAUGGGGUAAUAGGUAUACAUAACCUGCUGUUAUUUUAUUUGAGACACUGUUCUUCUGAACUAAUAUAAGAUUUUUUUUUGCUUGUUUCUUCUUCUACCAUCUUAUCCAACUACAUCAAAGAACAUUGUUAUUAGAGGCAAAAUUGGUAACUUCCCUUAGAACAUGGAAGGUAUGACACAACUGGCUUGUAAAGAACCACGUCUAGUAUUAUUGUUGAAGUGUCAACCAGUGGCUACUUAAAGUUCUUUACCAAUUUAGACAAGUUUUAAGUGAGUAUUUUGAGGGUAUUAUUUUUGGUCUUUAUUUAUUUGAAUACCUUUUAUUCUUUAAUUUUUUAAAACUUGAAGAAACACUUCUGCAUACUUUACAUGCUUUAAGCUAGCUGGCAAAGUUUUGUAGGCAUCUUUUCUUGGUAGAUUCUUGUUCGACUGGAGGAAACAACGACAAUUUGAACUUAAAAUUGGACCAUCUAAGUUGGUGUGGGGACACUCCCUACUUUAUUUUGUUUAGUGCUCUUUCAAUGACACAUUAUUAGCCCUUUAAACUAUCAUCUUAGUGGUAAUAACUUCUCUACAUUUCCCUACUUUUCCUGCCCUUUUUAGAUAUUUUAAAAAUCAGGAUGCUUCAAUAGUUAAAUAGGUGGCAAAUGUAUUAUGAAAUUUGGGUGGUAAAUGAAUCUUGACUAUUGUAAAUCCUACUUUAUUGGUGAAGUUAUCGUGUACUUUUGUGUUGUUUAAAAAGAAUUUUUUUAAAGAUUUCAUUAAUGGAAUUAUGCGUUGCAAGUGAUGUGGAAAAAGAUCAUAAUGGUUGGAUAGCAUCUAGGAAUUUGCUCCCACAAAAAAAUGUUCAUUAAUGGUUUUUAUUAUGUGUUUAUAAAUAUAUAUAUAUAUUGUAAAACUUUUUAUAGCACCAUAGUUAAAAAUAAACCUUUUUUCAUAGCCCGGAAAAGAAGUUUUAAGUCAUUGCUUUUGUUAUCAGAAAACUAUUUAUAAUUGUAUCCAGAGUCAAAAGGACAUAGUCCUUUUAGAUGCUUCGUCACACCUUUUCUUGGUCUUGCUUGGGAUGUAUUGAUUAUUGCUUGCAAAGUUUUCAAUCUUGGCACUAGUACCUAUACCGAUAGCUUACUAAUAUGGGUCGGGGUCGGUAUAAUGCACCCCUAUAUCGACAUAGUACACUAUUAUAGGUGAAAAAAUAACUACACCAUUGUCUGUAAGGUACUUUUAUCGAGCCCCUUACUAUAUUGGCACCUUGUCGGGUUGGUAUGGAAUGCCGAGUAUCAGCUGCUAGAAGUCGGUACAAAAAAUCUUGAUUAUAUGUAUUCAAGGUUUGCCAUAUGCAUACCAACCGUAUCGUAUCGGUAUUCGAAGUGAUAUGUGGUAUGGAAGGCGUAUUGACAUUCGGUACGCCGAACCGGGUACCGUACUGAGCAUACCGAUAUUGUAAUAGGAUGAUACCGGUACGAGGUCCAGUACUGAGACGAUGAAUCUUGCUUGUAUCAUUUUUGACUUUUGUUUUCUAAAGGUGGUUUUGCUCAUGCGACUUUAACUUCGGAAUAUAUCUUCUUCUAGAGUCAUUGGGUAAGGUCUCCUAACCUAGGUGUAAAGCCAAAUAGACCACCUCCUACUCUGGUUGGAUCCAAUGAUUGUUUCUAAAUAG